AGUCGUCUUCACAAUAACACAAGGGACGGUUUAUUGAUUUGACGCGAUUUAACGGAUUAAUGAGAGACUUUUCCUAAAUAUGGAGUUACACAGCUAACCGGUGACUGUUUGUAUCAACCGACAGGCAGCCAUGUUGCUACCGUCCGACGUCGCGAGGCUUGUUUUGGGCUACCUCCAAGAAGAGGGACUGUCCUCCACAUCCCAAUCUUUCAUCCAUGAGAGCCCAAACCUGAAGGAGUAUGCGGAACACUCCACAGAAGAUGGGACUAUUCCUGCUUGUGUGUUUUCUCUCUUUGGGAACGGCCUAACAAUUAUCCUAAAUGAGUAUGUCGCUACCAAGACAAAAGAGUCUGCUCAUGAGGUGCCUGCCAUGAUGACGUCGUUAUGGAAAAAGCUAGAUUUUACACUCAACCAGAUAAGGUCGUUGCAGAAUUCACCCUCUAUAUCAGCAAUUCAAAGAACACGUUCACGCGUCGGUGUGGCUAACAUGGCCAGACAGCGGGUGUUGACCGUGACUUCAGCUGGUAGUAGUGUCCUCUGCUCAUCAGUGACUGAAGCCAGCUCCAUCAUCAGCCCCUCAAACAUCUCCCACAGCAUACUGGGCCACUCCACCCCCGUGAGCUACAGCACCACACACACUCGACCAGCUGCCGGCGGGGGCACACACCAGCAGUUCCAAGAUGUCAGCCGCUUACUGAAUACCCCCAGGGAUUCCCUAACCCAAGGCCCCAUGUCUCCUGGACGACGGAAAUGGGACACCCCCAGGAAGAGAGGGGGGGCUCAGAGUGGCUCUAGUGCCCUGGCUGUCGGUACUCCAAACGCCGAACCCCAAACUGAAGAGGCUGCAGAUGAAAACUUUCCUCCUUCACAGCAAAUCGUGAUACAAAAUGCCCGGGACAAGAUAUUGGGGGACAGGUCGUUACAAGAGAAGCUCGCUGAAAACAUCAACAAAAUCCUCGGAAACGAGCCACCACCCCAAACUUCUAAGGCCCCAUCGAGUACAAUGGAGGUAGACCAGUCGAUAGAUGAAAUCCUGGGAUUGCAGGGGGAGAUCCACAUGAGUGACGAUGCCAUCCAUGACAUUUUGGAGCAAACGGAGUCCGACCCAGCCUUCCACGCCCUCUUUGAGCUCUUCGAUUACAAUAAAACCAGAUUCGCUGCUGGUGAUCAAGGGGACGGAGAUAUUAGCAGUAAUCCAGGGGAGAGCAAUGCUGCUGGACCUUCAUCUGCCAUCGGACUGCUUCUAAGUUAUGAUCCAGACACUGCACUAAGAGAUGCUAAUGCUUCAGAUUCAGCAACCAUGAAGACGAGAAUUGGACCGGAGCGUAAGACCAGGAAGUCUUCUGCCCCCACCUUGUUAAAGAAGGUCCUUGGACCCAGCGGUAGAACAUCCAGGAUUGAAAACAGCUCAGCCAGACUGUUGGUGAGCCUCGGGGGCCACGCAGGGGACUCAAACAGAAAACAAAACCCCCCACCUUUCCAGAACAUUGUCUUUGGAACGCCAAUGGAUAUCGAUGAAGCGUUGCAUACACCUCCCCCUCCGUCAGACAUUAUGGACACUGCUAUUGCAACUGUAUCAACCAUUCUUCCUUCUGCUGCUUUUGCGUUAGCCCUGCCGGAAGCAACUGCUAACAGAAACCAGGAGCACAAACAAGCUGAAGGAUCUAUAGUGCAACCUGCUAUAGCUCCCUCUGGAUUUUUGUUUCCUUUACAAGUGGAACUGAACAACACUCCAACGUCAAAUGCUGACCUACCUCAUACGUCACUCUCAAGCGGUGUUAAAGACAACUCUUGUACACCUUCUUCCAGCGGUGUCACGGUAACAACUGCCUUACUUUCAUUAGUGGCCACUGCUGCAACGUCCACAUCUCAUUCUACCUCUGCAGCACUUACAGCUGCACUCCCCUCCCUCCUACCUGUCAUACCCACCUCCUCCUGUACCCCAGUUGGUUUUGCUCCUAAACCUCCAACCACCCCAAGCAAGGCUGCAGCGGAUACCAGUAACAUAGUGUCUCUGGAGAUCAUCAUCAGCGAUAACCAGGAUGAGGAUUCUUCAAAGGGAACGGCCACCAAUCAUGCCCUUCCUAGCAUUUCUGGAAACAAGAUACCCACCAUCUAUCUCUCCUCCCCAGUGAAGUCCUUGAGGUGUCCUGGCACACCGAGGGCCACGUUGGAUGAGGCUGCUCUGGCGGUUUGUGGCUUACAAAACUCAGAGGCUCAUGGAAGUCCUGCGGGCUGUAAGGCUGUCGUUGUAUCUCCAUUAAGAGGGACGUCACUGGCUCAGCCAAAUUAUAUAUUUCAACUCCCGCUGGAUGCAGCUAACCCCGAGCUGCAAGGAGCCGCCACCAGCUACUUCAUUUUGACUGAAGCCCCAACGGCAGAUUCUCCAAACAGACCGGUGCUGCUGCCUGCUGGGGCCUCGGUGGGACAGCCUUUGCCCAAUAACCCGUUUGGGGUGACCAUACCAACGCGAUCUCGUGGCUUCUCAACAGUGCCAGCACUCAUCCUGCCAUCACCGGCUAAGCCCAUGAUACUUCCUGUUUCAGUCAUGGGGCCAAAUUCUCUGGGGACGGUCCAGGUGGUUUCAAAUCAGCUUGUUGCCAUUCAGAACCCAGUACCAGUACAGCCGUCAGAAAAGCCCAGUUCUCCCACAGUGGCACUCAAACAGUCUAUACCUGCAGGCACUGGAAACCUGGUUGGUACGUCGGUUCCACCUGUUUUGGCUUUAAGCACAGUCCAGCAGGAGACUGCGAAGGCUUCUACACACAGGAGGAUUUUAUGUUUUGAAUCUUCUGCAGAAGCUCAACAACAAACUGCCAAAACAACAAGGUCCAGCAAAUUUCCACCUAAAAACAAAACUCCAUCAGGAUCUGUGAAGCAGCGUGAGAAAGAUAACACGCAGUCAGUGACUCGAACAAAACCUUCCAUCUUAAGUGGGAACAAGCCCAAGAGGAGGAUAGAGACGGUCAGAUGCUCAGCAGAUCCCCAGACCGCUGAGGCCUUCAUGAAGGAGGCGGAGAAGCCCACACCGCCACAACAGAAAGACCCUCCCAAAAAGAUCUCCCGCAAACAAGAUCACAGCGUCCAAAGCCAAGAGACGCAGAGUGCCAGUACCAGCAUGGUCGAGGCCUCACAGACUGAGAAAAGCUCCAAAUCAGCAAGGAGUUCAAAGAACAGGAAGCACAGUCAUGAUAAGGAGGGUGAUGGAGCAAAAGCUAAGGAAUCUCGUACUUCUAGGUCAUCGUCAGGAACUAGAAAAGAGAAGGAGGACAGCAGCAGGAAAGAGCCAACGGAAAAGGCUUCUGGCAAAACACGGGAGGGGCGUUCAGAGAAGAAGACUCCCUCCCAGGAAAUUCCAAAUGUCACCGCCAACAAAGAGAAUGAAAUUAAGGGAAGCGUGAAAGAGCAGCCAUCAUCUUCGACGUUAAGGGACCCUCCAGCCGUCCCCCAGCCGGCAUCUCAACCUCAACCCAAGGCUUCGAAGGCCCCCUCAAAGACCAGCUCUCUGGCCAAACAGGCGGCUGAGAUGCUGCAGGACAUCCAGGGGCUCAACUCUCCCUCCACCCCUGGUAAAAGGCCUGGAGCAGCCAGUACAGAACUCCCAAGGACCCCAGGACGUACCCAGGAGGAGUCAGCUGAUCGUCCCUGGACUCCCUCCCGACUGAGGAAAUGUAGAGACGGAGAGGGCACUCCCAAGCAUCUUCUGCCUCCCAACACCCCCGAUGUCCCCACCUGCAGCCCGGCCAGUGAGGCUGGCAGCGAGAACAGCAUCAACAUGGCCGCCCACACACUCAUGAUCCUCUCACGUGCCGCCAUCGCCAGGACCGGCACUCCACUGAAGGACAGUCUGCGUCAGGAGGAAGUGGGAGAACAUUCACCCACCAGCUCAAAGAUCUCUAAAAAACGAAAACUGUCUUCUCCCACAUCCAGCCCGCAGGCGAAGAAAGAGACGAAACAGUCUUCAAGCAAAACGACUGAGCGGGAAAAGAAGAAACUUGUAGAUUGUUUCCCCCUUGACCUGGAUGUGGACAAGUUCCUGUCUUCACUUCACUAUGACGAAUGAUAGAGGACUCCCCCAUCACGACCUGCUUGGGUUACUCUCCUGGAAUAUACGAGCCAUCUGCUAAACCCGUGCCUACAGUUCAUUAGUAACCUUAUAAGCUGUAAUGUCUCCUUCAGCCAAUGGGGGACUUUGAUUCUGGGUUUCUAGUUUGCGGUGCGGAUGAUCUGCAUUCAAUCCUGUUAGAUGGAUGGAGUGCAACCAUGUCACUUUGCUGUGUGUUUUUCAUAUCAUCGUGUCCACUUCUGUUUAAGUUAUCAUUGUUUUGUGCUAACACACACAUUUGUUUUGGGACAUAAAGUUGAUGUUGAUAUGAGGGAGAACCAAAGCAUUUAGUUGGUCAAUAUUUGACUCUUCUUUUGAUAAAUCCUGCUAACACUGACUGAUUUGUUGGUAUAAAUAUAUUUUUGGAUAUGUCUCUAGUUAUUAUAAUAACACAGAAUUAAGAGCUUUAAUUUUUGUUUUUUGUGUUCAGAAAAGUCAAUUUAACUUAAUGAAAAGCAAUGUGAAGAUUAGGUGUAUGGCAUACAUGUGUGUAAAUACAUUAUAUAUAUGUUGGUAGAGUCUGACACCCAAAAUGCAUACUAAGCCUUCAUUCAAUGUCGUAAUAAAACAAAGAAACAG